ACCUUCAACUUUAAUGAGGAUCGACCUUUUAGGCAGAGGUUCAAAUUGAUAUUUAUUUCACUAAAUCAGCGUCCCACUUCAUCUAGCAUGGGUGCUCGAGGCGUUCUGGGCUGCCUCCUCCUGACUGCUUUGCUCAGCUUAUCAAAUGCCGGGCUCGUGAAAAAAAUCCUACGGCAUCGACGACAGACUCUGGUAUCCCCUAAAGAGCAUAACCUCACACUGCCCAACACGGAUCAGCCCGUGGUGUUCAACCACGUCUAUAACAUCAAUGUUCCUGCCAGUUCCCUGUGUUCGGUGGACCUGGACGCUCCAGAGAGUACGGCGCUCCAUCCUAAAGAUGCUGCAGUCUCUUCAGGCAAUCCCAUGACUGAGCAUACAGUCAAUGGGGAGAACCAGAUCAUCUUCACCCACCGCAUCAACAUACCUCGGCAAGCCUGUGGUUGUUCCGACGACCUGCCUGGCCUGAAAGACCUCUUGAGCCGACUAGAAAUGCUUGAGGGAGAAGUUUCAACUUUGAGAGACCAGUGCAGCAGUGCACAGGUCACAGGUGAGUUGGGAACUAAACCUUACUGCAGUGGUCAUGGAAACUACAGCACUGAAACCUGUGGCUGCAUAUGCGAGCCUGGCUGGAAGGGGCUCAACUGCUCUGAAUCCGAGUGUCCGAAUAACUGCCACGGCCAGGGCCGCUGCGUUGGCGGAAAGUGUAAGUGCUUCAAGGGCUUUGCCGGAAAAGACUGCACUCUGGAGGUCUGCACUGCGGACUGCGGUGCACACGGCAAGUGUGUGGGCAGUGUUUGCAUUUGCUCGGGUGGUUUCUUCGGCGAAGACUGCUCUCAAACAAAGUGCCUCAACAACUGCUUAGGCCGCGGCCGCUGUGAAGAUGGAGACUGUGUGUGUGAUGAACCCUGGACUGGAUUUGACUGUUCUGAAGUCAUCUGCCCAAAAGACUGUUACGACCGUGGACGCUGCAUGAAUGGCACCUGCUACUGCGAUGAAGGGUACGUUGGGGAGGACUGUGGUGACCGCACUUGUCCAAACAAUUGCCACGGUAAUGGUUUCUGUGUAGAUGGCCAGUGUGUCUGCGCUGCUGGAUUCAAUGGAGAAGACUGCUCUCGGGUCACCUGCCUCAACGACUGUAACGACAGAGGUACGUGCUUCAACGGGAUGUGUAUCUGUGACAUGGGCUAUCAAGGCGCAGACUGCAGCCAGUUAGCUUGCCUGAACAACUGUAACAACAGAGGCCAGUGCAUAAAUGGACAAUGUGCUUGCGAUGUUGGUUUCCAGGAAGACGAUUGCGCCGAGCUUUCCUGUCCAAACGACUGCCAGCACAGGGGGCGCUGUGUUAACGGCCAGUGUGUGUGCGAGGAGGGCUUCGCUGGUGAGGACUGCAGCAUCAGGACCUGCCCCUCAAACUGCUAUGGCCGCGGCGAGUGUAUUAAGGGACGUUGUGUGUGUCAUUCAGACUUCACCGGUGAGGACUGUGCUGAACUGAGCUGCCCCAACAACUGCCGAAACCGCGGCCGGUGCAUCGAUGGGCAGUGUAUUUGUGACGAAGGCUUCAGUGGAGAAGACUGCAGUCAGAAAGCUUGUCCCAACGAUUGCCUGGGCCUGGGUGACUGCGUCGAUGGCAAGUGCAUCUGUCAAGAAGGCUACUCAGGAGACGACUGCUCUGUGCACGCGUGUCCAGGCAACUGCAACAACAGGGGGCGCUGCAUCAAUGGAAGGUGCACAUGUGAGAGUGGGUAUGAAGGAGAAAGCUGUGCACAGCUGAGCUGCCUCAAUAACUGCCAGGACAAAGGCCGCUGCGUGAACGGUCGGUGCGUCUGUGAUGAGGGAUACAUUGGAGAAGACUGCUCAGAAGUGUCUCCUCCAAAGGACCUUAAUGUGGGCGAUACCACCUCUGACACGGUGGACCUGAACUGGGACAACGAGAUGUUGGUGACAGAGUACAUUGUGACGUAUGUGCCCACCAGUCCUGGUGGUCUUCAACAGCAGUUCACUGUGGCAGGAGACAAAACUGCUGCCACCAUCAAAGAGCUUGAACCUGGCAUUGAGUAUCUGAUCAGUGUCUAUGCUGUUCUGAGCAACAAGAAGAGUGUCCCUGUCAGUGCGAGGGUGGCCACAGAGCUUCCAAAGCCAGAGGGUUUAAUAUUCAAAUCAGUGAGAGAGAGCUCAGUGGAGGUGAUGUGGGACCAGGUGGACUUCUCCUUUGAUGGCUGGGAGAUCUAUUUCCGCAAGACGAAAGAAGAAAAUGGAAAAAUCGUGAGCACCCUUCCACCUACUCAAAACCAGUUUCUCCAGUCCAACCUUGCACCAGGACAGGAGUAUGAAGUCUCUGUUGCCAUCAUCAAGAACAACACCAAAGGACCCCAAACAUCCAAAAGAGUCACUACCAAGAUCGACGGCCCCCGGGAGGUGGAGGUGAAGGACGUGACGGACUCCUCUGCUCUGGUCAGUUGGUCUCAGCCGGCGGCUCCUAUAGACAGUGUCACGAUGGUUUACGGGCCCAGCUCCAACCCAUCAGAUGAAAGCAUUGUGGAGAUUUCCCCCCCGGACAAGCAGUACAGCAUCGACGGCCUGAGGCCAGACACCGAGUACAAGGUGUUGCUCAUCUCCAGGAGCGGAGACCUCACCAGCGACCCUACCAACACCACAUUCACGACAGACCUGGAUGCCCCCAUGGAGCUGCAGGCUGUGUCCCAGACAGACGACAGCAUCACGCUGGAGUGGACUAACAGUCAAGCUGAUGUUGGCAUUUAUCUGGUGAAAUAUACGACCAUCUCCGGAGCGACUCACGGUGAGGAAAACAUCCCACGAGGACCAGGAGCCACCACAAAAGCUACUAUCAGUGGGCUGAAGCCAGGGACGGAGUAUGGGAUUGGUGUGACAGCCGUGAAGAAGGACAGAGAGAGCGUCCCUGCUACUACAAAUGCAGCAACUGAUAUCGACCCUCCCAGAGUUUUUGAAGAAACCGGGUCCACAGAGACCUCCCUCGCCUUGAGGUGGCAGAAACCUCAGGCCAAGGUCGGUGCCUACCGGCUGGUGUACGUCUCCAGAGAUGGGCAGGUUGAGGAGGUGGAGAUCCCAGCCAAAGCGACUAGCCACGUCUUGUUCAACCUGACGCCUGGGAUGAGCUACACCCUCACUUUGGCCGCAGAGAGGGGGCACAAGAGGAGCGCACCUGUCACCUUAUCUGCAUCCACAGCCUCUUUCACAUUUUAUUUAGCUGACUCAGACGACCGUGAGCUAACAACUCCUACAGGCGCGGAGGACAAUAUCAUUAGCUUUGUGUUUUUAGACCCUUCUGAGUCCCAGUUUUCAGUUGAGACGGAGCCUGAGGAUGAGCUCGGGAAGCUGAAUAUCUCGGGCAUCACGCCUGACGGAUUUGACCUCUCAUGGAAACUAAAGGCUCACAGUGUCUAUGAUAGUUUGGCAGUAGAAUAUAAAGACACUCAGCGAUUAUGGGAUGUGAGAGAGGUCCAACUUCCUGGGAAUGCCACUGGCUCUAGAAUCCACGGCCUGAAUGCAUCAACAGAAUAUCAAAUAAAACUUUAUGGAAAUGCCAGUAGCCAGAGAUCUGCGCUACUUGACGCUGUUGCAGUCACAGCACCCAAACCUACCUCUCCAGAUGUUCUUAUGCUGAGCAUCAAAGAUGCCCCAACAACCCCGACAACUGCUCUGGAUUUUGAAGCAGUUCAAAACCCAAAUCCCCUCCGUCCUCUAAACACUUCUGAUACUGGUGUGAUGAGCUCUGGGGCUGAGCCUGAAAGCUCGAGCCCGGGCGUAUUGGGGGACCUCACAGUCGAUGUGACCUCCACCAGUGUAAGCCCGACUCGGUCGGCGCCCGACGAGGCGUUUGAGCAGCUCAGUUCUCCGUCAGGGGCGACACAAGCACAUGUGACCACACUGCCAGGAAGUGUGAGGAAGGCUGAAGUAGAGGGUUUGUCCCCCUCCACACAAUAUAAUAUUACAAUGCAAGGGCUGGUGGAAGGGAAGCGAUCUUUACCUCUCUCAGUUUUUACUACUACAGAGGAGCUGAAGCCCAUGGUGGUGAACCUCACCAUCUCUGACAUUACAUGGGACGGCUUCACUGCGUCCUGGAGCCCCAUGGGUGGGGAAUUUGACAGCUUUGUCAUUGAGGUAACAAACUUGGAGAAUUUCGAAGAGAGCCAGAACCUCAGUCUGUCCGGAGACGCUUUCAGCCUGAGCAUCUCUGGGCUGAAUCCCAACACCGGCUACAUGGUUGGCCUGUUUGGGCUGUAUCAGGGCUCCUUCCUUGAACCCGUGUACACUGAAGCCACUUUAGUGAAUCAACCAGUGGUUGGCAUACUAUAUAUCUCAAACUUAACGUCAGAGAGCUUUUCAAUCUUCUGGAACGGCACGGAAGGAAAAUUUGAUGGUUUUAUCCUGGAGAUAAUUGGUUCUGAUUGGCUGACGGAGCCCAAGGAAUAUAACAUAUCCCACAAUGUAAAGUCCCAUGACGUCACAGGGCUCAGGCCCAGCACUGACUAUGUAGCCUACUUCUAUGGGACAUACAAGGGAUCCCGAACAAGUGCUGUCAGUAUUGUUGCAUCAACAGCUGAAGAGCCUGAUUUGUCCAGGCUAGUUGUUUCUAACAUUACCUCAGACAGAUUUUCUCUGUCGUGGCGGACAGGAGAGAAGGCUUUUGAUAACUUUAUAGUAGAAGUCAGAGAGUCUGCUUUGCCCUCGCAGGCAAUGGGGCGCGCUCUGCCUGGAGACGUGCACUCCACAGUCAUGGCCGGGCUCAAAGCGAGCACAAGCUACAACAUAAAGCUGUACGCCAGCGAUGGUGGCCAGAACACACAGCCCCUGUUUGCUGUAGCUAUAACAGAGGACGUCCCACAGUUGGGGCCCAUAGCUGCUUCAUCUGUGAGCCCACAUAACCUCAGCUUGUCCUGGAGCACUGUGUCAGGCCACUUUGAUGGCUUUGUUAUCCGGGUCAGUGACCCCGAGCAGCAGUCUGAUACACUGGAGUUCAGACUGCCUGGUGAAGCCCGUAACAUUACGAUCUCUAACCUGAUGGAUGCCACAGGCUAUGAUAUUGAACUGUACGGUAUCUCUCAUGGGCGCCACACUCCCUCUGUGCUAGCCCACGCCGUCACAGCUCCUUUGCCUAAAGUGGAAAACUUGACCAUUUCCAACAUAACCCCCUACGGCUUCCGUGUUUCGUGGGAGGUGAAGCAGCAGCAGCAGCCGCAGGGGGGGUUAGCCCCCUCUAGUGGCGGCUUCAGACAUUUUCUCAUAGUGGUGACAGACUCUGGCUGGCUGCUGGAGCCUCAGGAGUUCACUGUGCCGGGAAACCAAAGUCACCUGGACAUCUGGGGCCUCAUCACCGGCAUAGGCUAUGAGGUCAGGCUGACCGGGGUGUCAGAGUCAGGGCUUCUCUCUCGGCCGCUGACUACAGUGGCUGUGACAGAGGCUGAGCCCGAGGUGGAGCAUCUGUUCGUCUCGGACAUCACGGCCGACGGCUUCCGUCUGUCGUGGACGGCUAACGAAGACUUGUUUGACAGAUAUGUGAUCAAAAUAAGAGACGGCAAAAGAUUAGCCCACCCUCAAGAGUACAGCGUUCGCGGUGAUGAACGAACCAAAGUCUUAUCUGGACUCUUGAGUGGCACCGAGUAUGAAAUCGAGCUUUAUGGCGUCACGUUGGAUCAACGCUCCCAACCUAUUUUUGGGGUUGCUCAGACAGGCCUGAGCACUCCAAGUGGACUUAGCUUUUCUGAAGUUAUGGACUCCUCAGCGGUAGUUCACUGGUCCAUGCCUCGCGCUCCAGUGGAUAACUACAGAGUCACCUACGUGCCCUUUGAAGGAGGAAGCCCUCUGAUGGUGACGGUGGAUGGAGACGUGUUUGAGGCUAUGCUGCCCAAUAUGAUGCCUGGCAAAAAGUACCAAGUGACUGUGAGUGCAGUGAAGGGCCUGGAGGAAAGUGACCCCAACACUGACACCGUGAUCACAGCUUUGGACCGACCUCAAGGUCUGACCGCAGCGAAUGUCACCGACACCUCGGCCCUGUUGCUGUGGCAACCGUCUGUGGCCACUGUUGACGGCUACAUCAUUACUUACAGCGGGGAUUCAGUGUUCCCAGUGGUGGAGCAUGUUUCUGGGAACACGGUGGAGUUUGAGAUGCACUCCCUGGUUCCAGGAACCCACUACACCGUUGAAGUUCAUGCUAUGAAAGACGCUCAGAAGAGUGACUCUGCCGUGACUGAAUUCACCACCGAUGUGGAUCCUCCUCGUGAUCUCACGGCUAUUAACAUUCAAACGGACGGUGCGACUCUCACAUGGAAACCUCCGCAGGCUGCUGUGACUGGUUACACACUCACCUUCUACUCUGCUGAUGGAGUAAUCAGGGAAGUGGUGCUGAGCCCCACAGCGUCCUCUUACAACAUGGCUACGCUGACCGGCUCCACAGAGUACAACGUGAGACUGCAGACCAUCGCUGGAGCGCAGAGGAGUCGUCGCGUCACCACCGUCUUCACUACCAUUGGAGAGUUGUACAGACGCCCUAAAGACUGCGCUCAGAUCUUACUGAAUGGAGAGACGACCUCGGGUCUGUACACCGUCUACGUGGGCGGAGAGGAGAGCCAGCCCAUCCAGGUUUACUGUGACAUGGCCACAGAUGGCGGAGGAUGGAUGGUUUUCCUCAGACGGCAGAAUGGAAAGCUGGAGUUCUUCAGGAACUGGAAGAACUACACCGCUGGCUUCGGUAACAUGAGCGAUGAGUUCUGGCUGGGUCUCUCCAACCUCCAUAAAAUCACAAAUUCUGGCCAUUAUGAGCUGCGAGUGGACUUGAGGGACGACGGGGAAACGGCCUACGCUCAGUACGACAAGCUCACGAUUGCAGAGCCCAAAACACGCUAUAAAGUCUACAUAGGAGCCUACAGUGGAACAGCAGGUGACUCCAUGACGUACCACCAGGGUCGCCCCUUCUCCACCUACGACAACGAUAACGAUAUUGCUGUAACCAACUGCGCCUUGUCCUACAAAGGAGCCUUUUGGUAUAAAAACUGUCAUCGUGUCAACCUCAUGGGGAAAUACGGUGACACCAGUCACAGUAAGGGGAUCAACUGGUUCCACUGGAAGGGCCACGAACACUCAAUUGAAUUUGCAGAGAUGAAGAUUAGGCCGGCCAACUUCAGAAGCUUUGAGAACAGAAAAAAGCGAUCAUAGACUCGUGUGAACCCCCCCCCCCCCCUCCUUCCUCCUGCAGUCAUAAACUUCAUUCUCUAAAAUACACACGAAGACAAUCACUCUGAAUGUAUUACAAUUCUGCCCGUGAGAAAUGAACCUGGUAACAUUCACACCAAAGAAUCUUAACAGGUUAGGGUGCAGCCGUCCCAAUUUGGCACUAUGUAUGUGUGAUUUUAUAUAUCACACAUGGUGAGUUUGAGGAGCGUGAAUGGAGUACAUGUGUUAUUGGGACCAAACAUCUGUAGUGAGGAAUUCAUUGUAACGUUGUGUAAAUGGAUCCACUAACAUGUCAAAGGCACAUAGUCAGAAGGUCCCAUAAAGUACCAGGAUGUUAAUUCAAAGAUGAAUUAGUUUCAUGUUAACCGGGAUAAAUUAAAACAAUGAUACAUCUUUAUGAAUAUAUCGAACGUUAUGAAAUGUCAUGUAUUUACUGUACAACCAAGAGACCAUUUAGACCCACUUAUGCCACUGAAUUUAAAUUUUACUUGUUUUGAUCGAUGCUCUGUAACCUUCAAUACAAAUAUUAGUUUGAUAAAAGUGUGUCUUAUUAUUAUUAAUGAGUUGACGUGUAUAUGAUUUGCACCUUCGCGCCAGCAGAUGGCAGUGUUUACUCUGUAAUGCUCUGGUUGUCUGGUGAUAGUGAGUGUGUUUUACAAACAACUGCAACAAGUAUCACAAAUAUUCAUUAUUCACGAUCUGAAGAAGCAGUGAAGUCAAUCUCUUAAACAAAGAGCCUUGAAAGGUAUUUAAAAAAGUUGCAUUUAAUUUGCUAAAUUUAAGUAAUUCUUUUCUAAUUGGUUAAUUCAUCCACACGUUCUUUGGUCCAGGUCAUGUUAAUUAAUUAGUAAUAGUAGUAAUGUUAUAUAAAGCUCUGAAAUACAGACAAAAAUGACAUUUAAUUCAUGAUUUUAAUAAGAUAAUAGCUUUAUUGUUAUUGCUUUAUGUUUUGUCAUUCUGUAUAUGGUGUUAAAAACUUCAUUUUAGUUUGUUGAACUCUGCAGAAACAUUUUAUUUACUUGUUUGAUAUCAGGAAACCUUC